CUAACAAUAAUCUGCGCAGAUGGAGGGGGCGUUCGCGGCUUGGCUGCUCUGGUGAUUCUUGAGCAAGUAAUGGAGGUUGCUAACGAGGAAAGACGGAAAGUUGGUCUUCCACGUCAGGAACCUUGGCAGAUGUUCGAUAUUAUUGGAGGUACAAGUACCGGAGGCCUUAUUGCAAUCAUGCUUGGCCGACUUCGAAUGCCUCUCGACAAAUGUAAAGAAGCCUACAUGAAGCUUUCCCAAAGAGCAUUCACGCCCAAAAACAUGUUCUCUAAAGCUGUUGGAGGCCCUUUUGUUGGUCCAAAUUUCAAAGUGGAACCACUUGAGCAAGCCAUCAGAGAAAUCCUUGAAGCUGCUGGUUCCACUUUGGGAGUGGGCCCAGACGAAGCAUUGCUUUACGAGGAAAGCGGCCCUUGCAAAGUCUUCGUGGUCUCUCAUCUCCAAAACAUACUGGGGCAUACUACAAUUUUCAGGUCCUACAGAAACUUUGAAAGGCCAAACGAGAAACUUGAGACCUUGAAAAUUUGGCAGGCAUGUCGGGGAACAUCUGCAGCCACAACCUUUUUCGAACCUCUUACAAUUGGCGAGGAUAUCUACUCCGACGGGGGCCUGCUCUGCAACAAUCCAGUACAACUUGUUCACAUAGAAGGGGCUGACAUGUUUCCUGGGCGAGAAACUCUUCUUCUUAGCCUCGGAACAGGACUCUUAUCCGGCAACUUAUUCAAUCCCAACUUCGCGAACGUUGGAAAACAGCUGGCAGAUCUCGCAACCGAGACUGAAAAAGAGGCGGAUUCCUUCUUCAGGAGGGACGGAGCACAAGCAGCCCGCUCUCAGCGGUACUUUCGUUUCAACGUUCCGAACAUUGGCAACAUUGCUCUAGACGAAGCGAAGGAACUCAACGCGAUCAAAGAUGCUGCUGAGAAAUUUUUGAAUAUAGGGGAAGUGAAUUUGAAGAUACGGAUUUGUUCGGAGCAGCUUGCAGAAGGUGAGCCUCAACUACCGGAGUUCCCUGGGAGUGGGUUGAACAGGGUCACCGAUGUUUCUCCUCUUGAUGACUCUGGCUUACAGGAAAGGUUUCACAGUUUGAGACCUUAG